ACAAACUCACUAUCGAAAGUGACGCAAAUGAUAAAAUACUGGUAUGAUAUUUCAAUCCAACAUGAAAGAGACGGUAGCCUGGUAAUUCUGAGGUAUUUUGACCGUAUAAACCCCUAAAAUGUUUAAGGAAAUUAAAGAAAGCGGACACACAUCGCUUAUCCACGCCGUAUAAACGGUCAAUUAGUGACAGUUAAUCACAUGACAGGCCGGCCGAACCUGCCUUAGUGCUCUGCACGGUUGUGGCAUCGAUUGAUUUUCAACCGCAGCAUAUCAACAUCAUGGCAAAACCCCCACAUGAGAAAUAAUUUGUGGCAUCUAAAUUUUACCGACUCCAAAUCAAUUUUUUGCUCUGUUUCUUUCAGCACUUACUGAAGGAGAUUUAAUUAGGUCUCGGUUUUGUUUUACUUUAUUUCCAACUUUCCUCAUAGAAAACAGUCUUAUUUAAAAGUAGGCUAUAUAGCCUUCCUCCACGUUCAGGACCCAAAAUGAAGGUUGAGGGUUUGGUUGAAAGUAGCGACAGGGCUGGGGUUAAGACAGGGGGUACCGCCGGCCCUGGUCCGGCUAGCCAGUGCUGUAUCUCGCGAUUGCUAAGCGUGGUGGAGAGUGAGCUGCAAGCGGGGAGAGAGAAGGGCGACCCCACAGAGAAGCAGCUAAAGGUGACGCUCGAGGAAGCGGAGCUGUGGGGAAAGUUCAACGAAGUCACCAACGAGAUGAUCGUCACCAAGAGCGGCAGGCGGAUGUUCCCGGUGCUGAAAGUCAGUGUGUCAGGUCUGGACCCCAAUGCCAUGUACAGCUUCCUGCUGGACUUCCUACCAGCAGACAGUCACCGCUGGAAGUAUGUUACUGGAGAGUGGGUGACGGCGGGUAAACCGGAGCCUCCCGGUAACAGCUGUGUGUACAUCCACCCAGACUCACCCAACUUCGGUGCCCACUGGAUGAAGGCACCAGUGUCUUUCAGUAAGGUCAAACUCACCAACAAGCUCAACGGAGGUGGACAGAUCAUGUUGAACUCCCUCCAUAAGUACAAGCCUCAGCUUCACAUCGUCAGAGUGGGCGGCAACCACCGCAUGGUCACCAACAUCUCCUUCAGCGACACACAGUUCAUUGCUGUUACAGCCUACCAAAACGAAGAGAUCACUGCCCUGAAGAUCAAGUACAACCCCUUCGCUAAGGCUUUUCUGGAUGCCAAAGAGAAAAACCACCCGAAGAGUCCAUUGGAGUCCCCCUUUGAUAGCCAUGUGGGGAUUCAACACUGUGGCUGGUUUAUGUCUAACCCAGACUCUCUGUGUUCGGGCGGGGGUCCUAAUUUUGCCUACAGCGGGGGUCUGCCUCUUACCUCCCCUCGCGGGUACAAACAUUACCACCCCAGGCCAGCCCCCUACCCCCCAUCGUACCUGUCGCAUGUCUCACACACUUCAGUCUCUCUGUCUGAGGGGCUACAGGUGUUGUCUGGGGGCCCCGAAGGCUGGUCGCCCCCUGCCCCCCCCCCUGCAGCCUUGCCUGUGACGUCACCCUCGUCACUCCCGUCCACCAAUAGCAGCAGUCAGUACCCGUGUCUGUGGACAGUCGGGUGUACAGAUGGAAGUCCCUCUUCUCCCUGCUCCCAGCUUCAUGGACCAAUCAACAGUGAAAGCCACUCACAACCACCCAAUCAUGUCCGGCUGGGCGGGCCCAGUUGGCCGCCUGUUUCCACCAAUUCCUUCUGAAAAGUAUUUGAUUGGUCAAGGCCCCCGUGUGGAUGAUCCGUAGUCCUGGGAGCCAGCACCAGACGGCCCAUUGUUAACCCUCCAUGUUAGAUAAUGUGUGCACAUAUAAUGCCAUACAAAUGAGUGAAUGUGCCUAAAAGAAACGUAAACACUUGUAUGCUUUUCUGUUCGCUUUCAAAUGUUGACGUACGUUUCAUGUCUAUGGUUCAGGCCGGAGAGAUUAUCAAGGUUAAACUCUGGUCAUGACCGAUGUAAAACUUGCCAGCCUUACUUAUAAUGUGUGUUUGUAACCAAGUGGGAAUUUAUCACGUGCGACUGGGAAAGAUCCACUUCAACAGCCCCCCAACUGAUCCCUGAGCUCAAAACUUUGCCCUACAUGGUGACUUCUGAUGUCACCUACCAGAGAUAUUACCUUAAUGACACCAUUGUUCGCUGCAAAACAUUGUUUUAAAAAGUUAUGUAUUUAUAAAAUGUUAAACCUGUAUCUUUAGAUAUGGUUUUUAACAUGUGUUUUUAGAUAAUGGUUGAUGCAGCUCCUUGCCCAAUUUGCAUUUGUCAGUGAGUUCAAAGCACAAGAUAAGGGGUGUGAAUGAAUGAAUUACUGACUUCCCUCCUUGUCAUUUCCCACCCACUUGAUUAUGCAUGCAGCAUUAAUAUGCAGGAGUAAUAACUAUCUGAAACUACAGUACAAAAAACAUGUAUUAUGUCUGCCUUCAUUUUGUAAGCUGAUAAUUGCUGUUGUAAUGAAAAUAAACAUUGGCCUAUCA